AUGGACAUGCAUCGCAAACAUUUUGCACAGAACAAUGAUAUUUCUUAUAAAUCAGAAUCGCCAACGGCUUGUAAAUCCAGAGUGAUCCGUUCCGUUGCUGAGACAGCUCAGGAAACCGAGCAUGAAGUGGCAGAAACAGCGAAAGCUUCGGAGGAAAGAGUUUUGGUGGAGAAGAAAAGUAAAAAGAUGAAGUGCACUGAAACUGAAGCAAGUUGCAUCCCGAAGUCAUCAUUUUCGGAAAAAUCAUCAAGCGAAGAGUCGCAAGCGAAUCGGAAGGACAUGGGGUCGAGUGUAGCAGAGAAGAUCAUCAGCUUUAGCCAACUCAUUGAAGAGAAGACCCAACAACAAUUCAAUUCCAACAGCAAUUUGAACGUUACAAACGCCGAUCCUCCCAGCUUACAUGAUGGCACUAUAGAAAUACCUCGCUCUUCAAACCCAGAAUCCGAGAAUAGAGUGAAACGGAGCGAUAGAAUUCCAAAACUCGUGGGAAAAGAGGAUUGUUCUGAAUUAAAACAUGCACAUGGGAAUGGAAAUCCUACAGAAGCCAAUUCGAGAGAAUCACUUUCUAAAAGCGACGAAGUUCAAGAAAGAUCUCGCGCAGUUGUGGAAGAUUUGAAGAGAAGAUUAGCUAACACACAAGGCAGCACGAGAACUGUCACUCAAGAUGAUGUCGUGGACAUUUGGGAUAGCUUUUCUUCAUCAAGCUCUCUAGAUGACGAACACAUAUACGAGGAGAUAGACGAAAUGACAGAGGUGUUCGGUACCAAAACAGAUGAGAACCUAUCUCUGCACAAUAAAUUCAGUGCUGUGAGCAAGGAGAAUACACAUCAUAUUGAAGAAGAGGAUUUGGUAAAGGCAUCAGAAGUAACAACGGCUUCUAAUCACAGUCUCGCACAGGCUUCAAGUCACGAGAAGGAGGCUGUUAUGAGUGGAGAAGCAGCAAAGUCCAACCGAAAAUUGCAAGAAGAAAGAAGGGAUGCAAAAGGCGGUAAAUUGAAAUCGGCCAAAAAGAGUAAUAACGCUGGCGUCAUAAGCAAAAAUAAAGAAAAGCAAUCCACUAGUACGUCUCAGCAAUCCGAUACAAGUGUAGAUAUCUCCUCUGAAGACGAAGAAAGCAAAAACUUUUGUUUUGUCAUCGGUUUUUAA